AACCACUCAGCCGCCCGGAGGUCUGAGGUGGGCGGAGACUGAGCCCGAGGUCCUCCCAGUCCGCAGAGACUCACCGCGCAUUACGGACUCGGCACCCGCACCCGUCCGAGGAGGAAGCAUCAUGGCUGCGACCACUUGUACACGCUUUACUGACGAAUACCAGCUGUACGAGGAGCUUGGCAAGGGGGCCUUUUCAGUGGUGCGCCGCUGUGUCAAACUCUGCUCAGGCUUAGAGUUCGCCGCCAAAAUCAUCAACACCAAAAAACUCUCGGCCAGAGACCAUCAGAAGCUGGAGAGAGAAGCCCGCAUCUGCAGAUUGCUCAAGCACUCCAACAUCGUUCGUCUCCAUGACAGUAUCUCAGAGGAAGGCUUCCACUAUUUACUCUUUGACCUGGUGACAGGAGGGGAGCUGUUUGAGGACAUUGUGGCCAGAGAAUACUACAGUGAAGCAGAUGCCAGUCACUGUAUACAUCAGAUUCUAGACUGUGUGUCUUACACCCACCAACAUGAAAUAGUGCAUAGGGACCUCAAGCCGGAGAACCUGCUGCUGGCCAGCAAGUGUAAGAACGCAGCAGUGAAGCUGGCUGACUUUGGACUGGCAAUCGAGGUUCAAGGAGACCAGCAGGCUUGGUUUGGCUUUGCAGGCACCCCCGGCUAUUUGUCCCCAGAGGUGCUGAGGAAAGAGGCGUAUGGCAAACCUGUGGACAUCUGGGCCUGUGGUGUGAUCCUCUACAUCCUCUUGGUUGGAUACCCUCCGUUCUGGGAUGAGGACCAGCACAAACUCUACCAGCAGAUCAAAGCUGGAGCGUAUGAUUUUCCCUCCCCAGAGUGGGACACGGUGACCCCGGAGGCUAAAAACCUUAUCAACCAGAUGCUGACUAUCAACCCAGCCAAGCGAAUCACUGCCCAGGAGGCUCUGAAGCACCCAUGGGUCUGCCAACGCUCAACAGUGGCCUCCAUGAUGCACAGGCAGGAGACAGUGGAGUGCCUGAAGAAGUUUAACGCCAGGAGGAAACUCAAGGGGGCCAUUUUGACCACCAUGCUCGUCUCCAGGAACUUCUCUGUUGGUCGGCAGACCACAGCCCCCGCUGCCAUCAGUGUUGCAGCUAGUACCACCGCUGGCAUCGUGGAACAAGCCAAGAGUCUCCUGAACAAGAAGGCUGAUGUCAAGCCCCAGACACACAGCACGAGAAACAGCAUAGUCACCAGUCCCAAAGGCAACACCACAACUGCUGCACUGGAGCCUCAGAUUACUGUUAUCCAUAAUCCAAUAGAUGGGACCAAGGGAUCAUCGGACAGCAGCACCACGACUAUUGAGGAUGAAGAUGUGAAAGCUCGCAAACAGGAGAUCAUAAAGAUCACAGAGCAGCUGAUUGAAGCUGUCAACAACGGGGACUUUGAAGCCUACGCGAAGAUCUGCGACCCUGGCCUGACCUCGUUUGAGCCCGAGGGGCUGGGUAAUCUAGUGGAGGGAAUGGACUUCCACAGAUUUUACUUUGACAAUCUCCUCUCCAAGAACAGCAAGCCUAUCCACACCACCAUCCUCAACCCCCACGUGCACAUGAUCGGAGACGAGGCCGCCUGCAUCGCGUACAUUCGUCUGACGCAGUUUGUCGACGGGCAGGGCCGGCCCCGCUCCAGCCAAUCAGAAGAGACCAGGGUGUGGCACCGCAGGGACAGUCGGUGGCAAAACGUCCACUUCCACUGCUCAGGAGCUCCUGCUGCCCCUCUGCAGGGAUAAGGUACGUGACACUGAUGAGGAGGUCGAGAGAGGCGGACAGGGAAUGGGUGGAUAAUCUAAGAGAGAAAGAGAGACGCGGUGGUGAGAGAGAGAGGCGGAGGUGGAUGGAGGUUGAGUUUAAAGAGUCUGAUUAUGGGAUGGUGGCCGUCCUCCGUCGCCUCACACACCCAGCCCGCUCUUCUCUCUGUCUCCCUACAACCUCGACAGCAGACGGCGACAACGAAGCUCCCAUCGCCAAAGCCUACAGUACAGCAGAGGGCGUAUCCAUCAGCUGCUAAAGGAAACUGUAUAGUCCACAUCUUGUGUCCUGUCGGCCUGUAUGUGGCUGCAGUCUGACACCAAAACACACCUGGACAACACCCCCUGUGUCCUGUGCUCCAAUGUGGCACCCUCCUGUUCAAGAUCCCCCCUCAAACAUAAAGUUAUUGUUCCUUCCCUCUAGUAUUAAUAUGGCUGCAGUCUGUCAUUGUGCUCUUGCGACUGUACAGUGUAUUUAUGAGUCACUCUAAACCAUUCCUCCUGUUAUUGUCUUCUUUUUUAUGACGAGCAUGACUCCUACCUGUUAUUCUUAUAACCUGUGGCUGUUUUUCUGCACGAAUAGGGCUGCCUGUGUGAAAUGAACAAGCCGCGUGUCUCACAGAGAGAGAGACCAGUGGGUGUAUUUAAUUAUCUGUUUUGUUUAGUCAUUCAACAGAGUUUUUCUCCCUCUUUCCUCUGCAGUAUAGUGGACCCUGAACCCACGCCUCUGUGUUCACUGGGCCCCUCUGAGCCACUCUGUAAGACAGUGAAAACCAUGCAGCAUGCUAAGAUAUUAGUGUCGCUCUUAACCGAUUCUCUAUGUACUGAACAUUGCAAGUUAACUGCUGAAAUUAUGACAAUGGUUGACCUUCUAGUAUCACUGCUGUUUAUGUAAAUUUCCAGUUUCUCCGUGGUGACUUUACUCCAACUAUGCUGUAGAUGGUAUUUAAUUGCAUGAUAUUCAAGUUAAUACAUUGGUUAGUUGGGUGUUAUCGUGCAUUUUGUUGAUUUGUCUCCUUUUGGACUGAACUGCUGGUGAGCUAUACUCUAUUGCCUCUAGUCUCUGGGCUUUGUAAGUGCAUAAACUAUUGUUUUUGUAUUUAUAGCAUAGUGUAGGAUAUAAGGAUGCAGGUGGUGAUGAUAACAGAAUAUGCCUUUUAGAGAAAUUGCUGGGUCCAGAUCAGAUUUUAUUAGAGACCAAACCCAGGAUCAUAGUUGAUCACUUUUACCUUUUACAAUCAAAAUGGCCCUGACCGGCUUCACAUCAGGGGGUUAGUUGUUUAUUUUAAGCAGUGAAGAAGAAAUGCUAUGUGUAUUAAGAAUGCUAAACGAGAAAUGGGUAUAAUAGAUGUGUAUGCAGGAUUUUAGUAAAACGGGUUAUUUUCUCAAACAUUUGACCAGACACCAAAUGCAAAGCCUCAAAAUUAUUGUCAAUUGUUGGAUUCAAACAAAAGAAAUCUGUCAUUUUUUGGUCCAGGUAUUUUGACUUGGAGCUUCUUUCAGUCCCCCGGACACCACAUAUCUUAUUUUUUAUUUCCUCAAGAGAAGUUUUAGAAAAAUUAGUCUAUCAUAGAACAUUUAGUCAUCAAGAAAAAAAAGAAUUGAUCAACCCAUAGUGGAAUACAUAAUCCUUACAUGACUAUAAUCAGUGUUUUUAUAAUAACGUCAUAAAGUGACUGUACACAUCACCAAUGCACAAAACAAAUUAUAAUUCCAAGCAGACAAUUCUAUUGCACCGCAGCCAAACCCAUGCGACGUUCAAGGUUAACCAGUAUAGCAGAUGGAUAGAUGGCAAACAUACCUAAUAUUAUCAAAGAAAUUAUUUCCAUUUGUCAUUAGAUUGUCAAAGUUGAAUAUAUUAAAUAUAUAUAUAUACAGUAUAAUCUUCAUUCAGACCCCUGUGGUGUGCACGAACCUCUCCUCAAGAGGGCGCCAACAUCAAACAACAGAAUUGCAUUAGUGAAGUGCAGGGUUCAAAAUACAAACGUGAACAGUGCUGAGUUCUGCAAUGAUGUGUUUGUGAGAGUCUGAUAAAGAGCGUGAGCAGAAAAAGAAUGAAAACUGUUGCAGACAGGUCCUCAGUUAAUCCAUUUUGAUCAGCAUUUAUGACAUCUACAUUUUUCAAUUGCUUUCACUCAAUUUUCCAGAAUUAUAAUGUCCAGAGGUAUAACUGUUAAAAUAAAAAACAGUUUUAUCCUUUAAUCAUCACAUAAUGCGCAAAAUAAAAACAUCAUUGCUGACUAGUUCUUCGACUUAUUGUUGGCUGAUGGCAGGAGAUUAAUCAGAAGAUGUUUUGAUUAUUAGUUGAUCAGAUUUUCUGUAUUUUUGUAAAAGAAAGAGCAUCUGUCAAACGUGAGCAUUAGUUGCUUCUCUCUGUUUUACAUUACUGGAAAUUGAAAUGGUGUUUGUCUGUUGGACUGAAUUUUUAACUGAUUUAUUUAUUAAUUGAAUGAUUUAGCACACUGGAUGAUCGAUUUGUUAAUUUGGGAAAGAAAUCACAGAUUAGUCUCGAUCAGGAAAAAUACUGAUUACAGCCGUAAUCUGUAAACGCGAUGUGUUUAAACAUUCCCAAAUUUCAAUAAUUCUAGUCAAAGUAAUAUGCAAAAGUAAUAUGCAAAAGUUAUUUCAUCAAGAGUCUACACCGGUGCAACUGACUCAGCUGUCUGUAUUUGAAAUGAUGUAAGAAUGAUUUCGGUAUUUUAUGACAUUUACUGAAUAUGCUAUUACUGUAAAUAUAGAUUAUAUUGACUGGAAUCUGACUUUGCGUUUCUGCAUCAGUGUACAUUUAGUUCAAAGUUUACAUUGAGUUGUCAAAGUUUACAUAUAUAUAUAUAUAUAUAUAUAUAAUAUUUUUAAUGUUAUAAGGACAGAGGAUGUCCCACCAUGUUAAAGCCCUAUGAGACAAAUUAUGAUUUGUGAAUAUGGGCUAUAAAAAAACAAUUUUAUUGAUUGAUUAAUGUUUAAUGAUUUAAAAUAUAAUGCAAUACAAUGCAUUUCUUUUUUUUCUUCUCCCCCACUGCCACACUUUUUAAAUGUAUAUGGCCAUAUGAAGUGAUCAUCCUUUACAUUGAAAUGCUGCUCGCCUGGUACUGUUAAUGUGGUGAAAUGUCUAGCAUGCAUUGGUUCAGUGGUUUGUAUAAUAAAAUAAACUUUAUUUAAACCGUC